AUGUUAUCCUUCGGCUCAGCGAGCGCAUUCCCAAGCGAAAGGGUACGCGGAGCAGGAGAGUUGCCCUGUCUAAGGAACGUUGUUGGCAAAGACGAGAGUCUCUUGGAGUCUGUACGAGACGCUCUGCGAGGAGCCCUGGAGUUCUUGAUGGAGUCCGAGUACGUUCUUGAGCCAGUCAAAGGAACGCUUGUGGGACCCGCAGAAUCCGCGUUUGAGGGUUCGCUCUUUUUCGUGGAGCGUGUUUCCGGGAGACUUUGGGAGCUCGAAGACUUGUUUCUUCUGAAAAGCUUCUUGAGAGAUGACAUUCAACACAAGUGCUCGUUUCUGACCCCUCCGCCGUUGCUGGAAGACCAUUCCGACAUCAGAGUCAUCUAUAGACACUAUGCGACACUAUAUUUUGUGUUUGUGGUGGACCAACAGGAGAGCGAGCUGGGAAUUCUUGACCUGAUCCAGGUGUUUGUGCAGGUGCUCAACACGUGUUUCCGCAACGUGAGCGAGCUGGAUCUCGUUUUCGGGUGGCAGGUUCUGGAGGCCGCUUUGGAAGAAAUCGUCCAAGGAGGAAUGGUUAUCGAUACAAGCAUCAAGAAGAUCGUUGCUGCCAUUGACGACGCUAAUAAACAACAAACUACAAUCACCCAGAAAACGUGGUGGAGAUGA